AUGCAGCUCACACGGUUAAAGACACGAGGAGCCCGAACAGUUAAAGAUCAGCUGCAGCGUUAUGCGCCACGCCUCCACGCCUCCACAGCUCCACGGCUCGGCACCUGGUUCCUCCAGCACAGUCCGUUAGUUGCGCUGUUGCAGAGCCGGAUUUUUCAGACAGGACCGGAGCGCGGCGGAGGAGGAGGAGGAAGAAGAAGAAGGAGCACAGAAAGAAAAAAUCAAAAAGCGAAUGUGGGAGUGGAAGAGGAGAAUGUGACAACUGCUGGAUGCGGACAGAGAGAGUGUUGCGGCUGGCUACGCUGCCUUUAGGGGGAGGCCUGUCCUCGGCUUCUCUUCUGCACCUGUCCCUCUCCGUCUCCGAGAGAGAGAGAGAGAGAGAGAGAGAGAGACGCUCCUUUUUAUUUAUCAGGCAGGGCGCACAGCGGCGGAGGCGCACACACACACACUUCCACACACACACACACACACAUAUACUGUACGCACACACACAUCACACAUACACAGGGCAGGCAGGCAGGCAGGCAGGCAACAUGACUUCAUCCUACAAUCUGGAUUUUCUGCCCGAUAUGAUGGUGGAGAGCCGCCUGCUUGUUCCCGGAGACAGAAUUAACGGCACGGCCGGGAAGAUGAACGGGGCGCUGGAGCAUUCGGACCAGCCAGACCCGGAUGCGAUCAAGAUGUUUGUGGGUCAGAUCCCGCGCUCCUGGUCAGAGAAGGAGCUGAAGGAGCUGUUCGAGCCGUACGGAGCCGUCUAUCAGAUCAACAUACUCCGAGACCGCAGCCAGAACCCUCCACAGAGCAAAGGCUGCUGUUUUGUCACGUUUUACACAAGGAAAGCUGCCCUUGAAGCCCAGAAUGCACUGCAUAACAUAAAGACCUUAACAGGGAUGCACCACCCUAUUCAGAUGAAACCUGCAGACAGUGAGAAAUCUAACGCGGUGGAAGACAGGAAGUUGUUCAUCGGCAUGGUGUCGAAGAAGUGCAACGAGAACGACAUCCGGGUCAUGUUCUCUGCGUUCGGACAGAUCGAGGAGUGCCGGAUCCUCAGAGGGCCUGACGGACUGAGCAGAGGUGCGUGUCGCUCCAACUCACUUCCAUCCACACGAUGUGCUUUUGUCACGUUUUCCACCAGAGCUAUGGCACAGAAUGCAAUCAAAGCCAUGCACCAGUCUCAGACUAUGGAGGGCUGCUCGUCUCCCAUCGUGGUGAAGUUCGCCGACACGCAGAAGGACAAGGAGCAGCGGCGUCUGCAGCAGCAGCUGGCGCAGCAGAUGCAGCAGCUCAACAGUGCGACCACCUGGGGGAGCCUGACGGGCCUGGGCGGCCUCACCCCGCAGUAUCUGGCUGUAAGGAGAGCCGCCGCGUCGCCCACCUCCACCAUCACCUCCUCCACCCCUUACUGCAGCCCCAUGGCCAACGCCGCCGCAUUGCUUCAGCAGGCGACCUCCUCCGGUAACCUCGGAGCCUUCAGCGGGAUCCAGCAGAUGGCCGGUAUGAGUGCUCUGCAGUUGCAGAACCUGGCCACUUUAGCAGCGGCGGCGGCGGCGGCCCAAAACUCAGCCAGUCCCUCCACCGCAAACCCCCUGUCCUCCAACGCCGCCUCCCUGGGAGCGUUGGCCAGCCCAGCCGCGGGCACCACAGCCAGCUCCAACGCCGGGGCCAUGAACUCUCUGACCUCUCUGGGCACCCUGCAGGGCCUGGCAGGCGCUACUGUGGGCCUGAACAACAUAAAUGCACUAGCAGGUAGCAUCAACAUUGCUCAAAUGCUCUCAGGUAUGGCGGCUCUAAACGGAGGCCUGGGCGGCGCAGGGCUUACCAACGGGACGGCGGGCACCAUGGACGCGCUGACGCAGGCUUACUCAGGGAUCCAGCAGUAUGCCGCCGCAGCGCUGCCCACCCUCUACAGCCAGUCCCUGCUGCAGCAGCAAGGGGCCGCUGGCAGCCAGAAAGAGGGUCCCGAAGGUGCCAACCUGUUCAUCUACCACCUGCCCCAGGAGUUUGGAGACCAGGACAUACUCCAGAUGUUCAUGCCUUUCGGAAACGUGGUCUCUGCCAAAGUCUUCAUCGACAAACAGACAAACCUUAGCAAGUGCUUCGGCUUCGUCAGCUACGACAAUCCAGUGUCGGCACAGGCAGCCAUCCAGGCCAUGAACGGCUUCCAGAUCGGCAUGAAGCGGCUGAAGGUGCAGCUGAAGCGCUCCAAGAACGACAGCAAACCGUACUGAUCUUAGCACUAGGGUCUAUCUGCUCCCCAUGUUAGCACUGCUAGGGUAAGUCCCUCCCCCCCCCACAAAAAAAAAAACAAUGAAAAUGACAAAAAAAACAACAGCAAACCGAGCCACGACCUCUACACAGGGACUGGGGGGUGGGUGGUGUUUGAUGGGAGGGAUAUGGGAGGGAUGUGGGAGGGAGGGGGAGACGACCUACAACCACCCUGAGGGAGACACACACGCCUUGUUUUGUUAAUUUUUUUGUUUGGUUUUUUCUUGUUUUUCUUGCUUUUUUGAAGAUUUUUAUGUUAGCUUUCAAGUAUUAUUAUUUAUUACAAUUAAAUUUUUUUUUUGACACACAUGAACGCUUCCAUUACCGCCAUUACUUUGUGCAAUUUUUAUUUUUUAUUUUUACAAUGGAAGGAAGUAGCUAUCUUGGGUAGCUUUUUUUGUUUGUUUGUUUAAAAAAAAAAAUUUUUUUUCUUUCUCAGUGAUUAUUUAUACAUUUUUGAGGACUAGUUACAGUCAGAACCGAGGUAAAGACAAAGGAGCCAUGAUGAUUUUUUAAUCUUUUUUUCUUCUCUCUCUCUCUCAUUGUGAACCUGAGGCCUGGCGAUGGGUUCAUUUUUUUUGUUUUUUCUUCAUUUUUAAAAAAUUUUGACGCGCACGCAGAUAUGCACAUUCGACCUUUGACCUCCGCGGUGUUGGUUGCAGGCCGCCGCUGCUUCUCCAAAUAAAAAAAUAAUAAAAAAAACCCUCUACGCCUGCUGGCAACCCGGGAGCAAAGGCUGCAAAAACGUUAGUGGCCUCUUUUACAUUUAUAGUCAAUGGCGACGUCAGCCUACAGUUACAGUUACAGUCCACCACCACAAGAAAAAAAAAAUAACACAUACAAACACAAACACACACACAAUCCAGCUACGUCUUAUUAUUUAUGUGAAAAUAAAAAAAACAGUUUUUUAUUUCUCAGAAGAUAAAAUAAUUAGUAACUACUUUUCUGGGUCAGAUCACAUUGGUCUUUGUUGUGAAAGGGAUAUUGCAGCAUGUAGAACAUUUUCAAAAUAACAUCCAGAAUUUGAUGAAGGCUAUAAUAAUAAUUCUAAUAAUGAAAAAAAAAAGAGUCUAUGGGUUAAAGGUGGUAACUGAAAAUACUUGAUGUUUGUUGAAAGAUUUAAAAAAAAAAAGAGUAAUUCAAAGUACAGAAAGCCACAGGCCUGUAAAUUUUAUUUGUAAAAAAAGCAGUUCUAUUUUUAUACAACAUUUUUACUGCCUCAGAUGAAAAAAAAAAAAGGAUUUUAUUUAUUGCCUAUCGUUAAGUUAUUGGACUCCUAUAAAGUAUUACAGCAUCAUUAAAGUAGACCCUUGUGGAGAAGUCUCGUGGAAUUGGGUUCUCCGGUGUUUUUCAUGUUUUUUCAGUGCAGAAACCACAAUCACAACACACUCACGCCGCCAUCCAAACCGCACUCCACCUCCUGCUCCACCCUGUGUCAUUUACCCAUCCAUCCACACACACACACAACUCUCUGUGCUGUUCAUCCAUUCAUCCACCGCUCUCUCUUUUUUACCACUCUCCCCCUCUCUCCAUCCGUAGUGGGACUAUUUCUUCUUCACUUGUCGAAUUUCUACCUUUUUUUUCCUCCCCCCCUCGCGUUUAUUAUUAUAAUUUUGUUAAUUACUUUGUUUUUUUGUUGUUGUUUUUUUUGUCCGUAGCGCCCUCCCCCCGUUCCCCAUCCUUUCAAAGUAAAAGCAUAUUAAAGACCCCACCCACACUUCCCCCGCCUCCAAAAAUUACGACUUAUUAUCUCCCAAAUGACAACAUCCAUCCGGGAUCUGAUGGAUUAAAGCUUUGGGUGUUCUCUGUUUUUUGUGUAUGUAUGUAUAUGUAUGUGUGUGUGUGUGUGUGUGCGAAUGUAUAAGUGUGUGUUGUUGCCUGUUAGUAUAUAAACCUAUAACAUUAAUAUCAUUAAAAAAAAA